AUGAUGUCGGCUGGCGUGACUGAAGGGAGGUCGUUUGGCGACGUCUUGCGAGUUGUGGACAGCAUGACAAACAAGAGACCGGAACCCUGCCCCAAUAAUUUAGAGGUGACGAAGCUUCUCGUCGACCGCCUCAAUAUGCAAUCGGAUCUGGAGAAACUACGUUUUGUUCACGUGGCUGGGACAAAGGGUAAGGGCACGACCUCGGCAUACACCGCGGCGCUCCUCCAGGCAUACGGGUACAAAGUUGGCCUCUUUACGUCGCCUCACCUCACGGAUGUGCGAGAGCGCAUUCUCGUCGGCAACUCCCUCCUCUCCAAAGAUACAUUCGCCCGAUACUUUUUUGGACUUCGGGACCGUUUUUCACAGCUCGCACAAUCUGAAAGUCAGAUGUGCCGCGACCUCGCGAAUCGUAGUAACUUUUUCCGCUUUAUGUUCCUUCUUUCUCUGUAUAUCUUCGCAGAGGAGUCUGUUGACGUGGCGGUGAUUGAGGUUGGCAUGGGUGGCCGUAUUGAUGCCACCAAUGUGGUUACGCCAGAGGUAUGUGUUAUUACGGCACUUGGUCUGGACCACACGGAGAUAUUGGGCAACACUGUGCAAGAGAUUACUCUUGAGAAGGCGGGUAUUAUGAAACCUGGUGUUAUAUGCUAUGCCGCACCGCAGAACGAUCACCGAUGCACGCGCAAGGUGCUGGAGGAGCACAGUCGUAAAGUUGGGUCUCCUGUAGUCUUUGUUGAUGAGCAGACAUUACCGAUACGCAACUGGCCUCGUCUCGCCAUUGGGGGUAGCCAUGCGAUUGAGGAUUCCAAGUUGGGUUUAUUGGCGGCCAGGCGUGUGGCUGGGAUACUUCCAACGCUUCCGCUGGACGAGGUGGAACGCAACGUGUUGCGGACCAUGACGUUUCCUGGUCGGUCGCAGGUGGUACCGAUCAACGGUGGGGCGGAUGUUACACUAUACCUUGAUGGUGCCCACACCUAUGAAAGUUUGUCCUCCGCCACACGUUGGUUCAUGGAUGAAAGCAGCGUGAUGACUGGAGAUGCGAACCCGCGACGUGUGCUUCUCUUUUAUUCUUCUCGGGAUCCAAGUCGUGUCCUCAAGGCAUUUAUGCCAUUUGUUCAGCACUUCUCCAAGGUGGUGAUUGCCAAGGUGUAUAACCCUCGAACGGUAAAAACAGAAGAAUCGAUGAAUGAAGAGAAUCAGGCACACAAAGAAUUAGUCGCUGUUACAGAAUGCUGGAGAAAUCUGUACGGCGAAGUUACAUGUCUUCCCUGCGGUACGCGCUUCAAUUCCCUUCAGGAUCUUAUCGACCUUGUGGUUCCGGCUGCUAGUGAUCAUGAAGACGCCUCAAAGCCGGCACAGAUCUUCGUCACAGGUUCGUUCUUUUUGAUAGCAGAUGUCAUGAAAUUAAUAUCCACACACGAAUCGAGUCUAUGA